AUGUCACGACACAUUGAUCAAUGCCCAGCUCCGGCCAAGGCCCGACCCGUCAAGGUUGUCGUGGCCAGCCCUAGCCGCUCGGGAACUUUGAGCAUGUUCAACGCGAUGAACAUCCUGGGCUUCAAGACUUACCAUUUCGCCGAGUGCGUUCUCAACAGAGGUCUGCCUCAUCUACAAUUCUUCAACGAGGCACUCAUCGCGCAGUACAAUCGCUUGUCCGGAGUUAAGCGAUACAACAAGGCUGAUUUUGAAAAGUGGAUGGCCGAGUAUGACUGCCUGGUUGAAAUCCCCAGCUACAUGGGCAGGGAUCUCCUCGGAGUGUACGCAGAAGACCCAGACGUGAAGUUCAUCCUGACCGAGCGUUCGCCGGUGAAAUGGGCAAAAUCGGUCAACAACUCAGCUGGUGGCGUGGUCAAAAUGGCAGAGAGCUUCCCCAUGAAUAUCCUGAAGAACUUCGAUCCCACCCUCGGAGAGUUCAUGAAAUCCAAUGUCCUCAUUUACGACGCUCUCGCCCGAGGCACAAGACCCGGUCACCCAGAGAAUGAGGAGGAGCUCUGCAAAUCUUACAAUGACUACAUCAAAAUGGCUAAGGAGGUCAUCCCAGCGGAUCGUCUACACAUUAUCACGCUCGAGAAUGGCGUGGAUUGGGAGGACAUUUGCCCCUUCCUGGGCUUGCCAGUUCCAGACGAGCCGUACCCGAUGCCUAAUGACCCUGCGAACUUUAAGAACCUGGUGGACGGGUUCCUGAAGCCCAGAAUGAGGGCCGCAAUCAUCAGGCUGUGUGUCGUUGCUCUGCCUACUCUCGGAGCUGUCGGCUGGGCGUCCUUCAAGUACGGGCCAACGCUGCUGGCUUCAUUGAAGAGAAUGAUUUAG